AAACAAGGUAAGAUUAUUGCGACUAAUCUCUAUGCCGACAACUCUUUUCUCCAAUUCCUUGCUUGGAUUGAUUUUGGUGUUCUUUUCGUACGAUUUGUGUUCGAUUGGAGAUAACAACCUUUUGAAGGAAAGUAACUACCCCAAUUCCAAGGCCAAAGCUUUUAUUUUCAUCUUACAUCGUGCUGAUUACGCCUCCAAUUUUUGUGGCCUGUAACCCUAAAAUACACAGUUAGUGGGAUUCAAUUUAGAUAAUUUUUUAUGGAGGCACAUCCACUCAAUUCAAGUUGGCAUUUUUGUUUCGUAUCCUGUUACAUUAUGUUUUCCAAUAAUAAUUUUAUUAAGGUGCUCCGUAUCAGUCAUGUUUGCUGGCUCGUGUUCAAUCGUUCUAAGGAAGUCGGAUAAUUAAUAUAGAACUGGGUUCCGAUUGUCGUAUUAAAUCUCAAUGACGUUUAAGCUGCAAAAAAGUAGUUUGUAUGUUAUGUUUGUGUGUAUUCCUCUGCAGCUUAGGAAAAUAAGUAGAAAUCCCACCUGUCUGUACAAACACGAUACAUGUAUGCUCUCCUUCCCCAUUUAUUUGUCUAUUUUCACUACUCUGAACAUCUCAAAAUUUCCCUAUGUUUGCUAAUCGUUAGGUUCUCUGAUGAAUUUGCCUGUGUUUGCUAAUUGGGCCCAUUUAAUUGGUGGAAAAAUCUUGAUUUUUCUCAUGAAAAUACAUUAUUUGUUUUUAUGAUGUGUGAUUUUGAAUGGAGUGUGUGUACAUAUAGUAAAUAUGGAUUGCUUGUGACAUAUAGUGUGGCACCUACAAAUGAUAACUAACAAAAAGAUUAAGGCUCCGUUUGGAACUUAAGGAAAGGAAUAGAAAAGAGAAAGAAAAAAAAAGGGAAAUUUACUAUUUACUAAACUUGAAAUUGUUAUUUUCUCUAAUCUUUCUCUUCCAAUCAAAUAAUAAAAGGUUUUUUUUUUUUUCCUUUAUUUUUUUUGAGUUCCAAACAGAGCCUAAAUGGUUAGAUACGCAGCUCUCCAAGAUAAGUUGAGUAGUGUGUAUAUAUACAUAUACUCCUACAUACAUACUGUAGGGUUGUCAUUGUUGAGAAAUUAGAAGUCCUGUGACAUUGAAUUGAAAAGGUACAAUUUACGGGAGUAAUUUGACACAAGGAUCAAACUGUAGGGUUUUGUUUGCAAUCAUGCCACAUAUAUCCAAUUACUCCUAUGCGACUAGAACCAGCCCAAAAUCGAGCAAGUACCCUCUUCUCUCUCGCAGUCUCCCUCUCCCUUUCGCUCGCUUGCCGUCUAUGUUUCUCUUUGCUGGUUUCAUGCUUAAUUUAGGUGCUUAAAACAUUGACAUGUUUUGGGGCUUUGUAAGAUGUGCGUUCCACACACCAGGAGUGAAUCAAUUUAACGCAGAUGCACCAGUAACCAUUCUUUCAGGGGGAUUUCUUCUUAGCGUUUUUAAGAGGGGCCUGAAGCAGUUGCUUUCUAGGAUUCUACCCAGGGCCGGCUCAUAUGGCGACGUCCAAGAGAAGUAGUAAUCACAAAGAGAAGAUAAUUCGCCGCAAGGAGGAACCACCAGCAGAACCAGAGCUACCAAAAUAUCGAGACAGAGCUAAAGAACGUAGAGAAGAUCAGAAUCCAGAUUAUGAACCUAAUGAAUUGGGCUCUUUUCAUGCCGUGGCUCCUCCUGGGACAGUGGAUCUUCUUGCUGCUGAUGCCCAUAAGCUAUCAAUUGAGAAGAGCAAGUAUCUUGGAGGUGAUGUGGAACAUACCCAUUUGGUUAAAGGCUUGGAUUAUGCUUUGCUUCACAAAGUGAGGAGUGAGAUUGACAAGAAACCAGAUGGUGGAGAUGACGAGGAGGGGAAGUCUAGAGCACCCAAGGAAGAGCAGCCAGUGUCAUUUCGUACCGCAACUGCAAAGUCAGUCUAUCAAUUGAUAGUGAAGCCUCAAACAGUGGUCAAGUCAAAUGAGAUGUUCCUUCCAGGCAGGAUGGCUUUUAUUUUCAACAUGGAGGGCGGAUUUUCCCAUGAUAUUCCGACCACUCUGCAUAGAAGUAAAGCAGAUUGCCCAGUCCCAGAGGAAAUGGUUACUGUCAGUGUUGAUGGUUCUGUGCUAGAUCGAAUAGCUAAAAUUAUGUCAUAUCUCCGCCUUGGAUCAUCUGGGAAGGUUCUCAAGAAAAAGAAGAAAGAAAAAGAAGUGAAAGGAAAGAUAGCAGCUGUGGACAAUUUAUAUGAUGAGGAUGUGAGACUGCCAAAGUCUGAUGUUGAACUUUCUAAGUACAAAAUUGAUAGAGAAAAGCUCCCUCCACCUCCGCCACCUCUGAAAAAGGGACACCCUGAUUCAAAAGAGAAGCAAGGCCCUGCCGUUCCCAGAGCCGAAGAGGAUGACAUAUUUGUGGGGGAUGGCAUUGAUUAUUCUAUUCCCAGUAAAGAUAUGAGCCAAAGCCCUAUUUCAGAAGACAUGGAAGAAUCUCCUCGGAAUAAGGAAAGAGUUGCCUACUUCAAUGAACCUUCUUAUGGUCCAGUCCCACCCACCGAGCCUUCCCAUGAUUGGCAACAAAUGGGUGCUUAUGAUCCUAUGCAAGGACAGGCCUUAGCUGGUGGAUACCAGGGAGAGUGGCAUGAUUAUCAAUAUGCUGAUCAGCUGGCUUAUCCUGAGCAAUACCUCCAGCAGAACAUUGAGAACUAUAAUGUGCAAACUGGUUUAAACAUCCAACAGGACCCACCCCUCAUGACUCAAGAAGAGAAGGAUCGGGGUUUGGGUUCAGUGUUCAAGCGCGAUGAUCAGAGGCUCCAGCAACUGAGAGAGAGAGAUUCACGGGAGAAGGAUCCUAACUUCAUAUCCGACAGUUAUUCUGAAUGCUAUCCUGGGUAUCAAGAGUACAAUCGUGAGGUUGUGGACAGCGAUGAUGAAGCUGAUUUGUCAAAAAUGGACAUGGGUGGACGGGCAAAGGGUCGACUUCAUCGAUGGGAUUUUGAAACUGAAGAGGAAUGGGCAAAAUACAAUGAGCAGAAGGAAGCAAUGCCCAAGGCUGCAUUCCAGUUUGGCGUGAAGAUGCAAGAUGGUCGGAAGACGCGAAAACAAAAUAAAGACCAGAAGCUUACAAAUGAACUGCACAAGAUCAGCAAGAUACUAACGAGGAAGAAGAUGGAGAAGGAGACGGGUGAGAUAGAUGAUGGGGGUGUCUAUGACGAUGAAUCACAUCCUGGGAAGAAGAUUCGAAUUUAGAGAGUUAAAAGUAUUUUUCUGUUGAGUAUUUGAAAGGUGGCGGUGCAUUCAAUCAUGAUUCACAAACUUUUUGUGUCUUUCUUUUCCUUUCCUCUCCUCUCCUCUCCUCUCGUGAUGCUAUGUUAAUUAAGUGAAUCCUGGAAAUUAUGGUUCUUUUUUUUAUAAGAAAAACUUAAAUCUCCUUGCGACUGGAA